ACGCAGGCGAAGCAGUGCUGGCGCUGCAGCCUCCGGACCCGCGGCCGAAACCGGGCAGGAGGGAAAGCGGCGGCGGAGCCGGGAGCUCCCAGGCCCACGGAAGCAGCGCUUGGUGCUCUUUCACGCGGCGCUUCUCGGGGCAGAGACAUUCCAGCUCUGACGCCGUGACGGUGGUGGUGGGCUGCAGCUUUUUGUUCCCAAAACCAGAGGGAGAAUUUCCCUGGCAUCACCGACCUACUGAGGCCCCCUUCGAGCUCAGCAUGAAGCUGCACUGCCCCGUGCGCUGGCUGGUUCUGCUGGGCUGGGAAACAUCUUCUCCUUUGGAGAACCAGCAGCCCAGCUGCAGCCGGGGAGGCAGGUUGCUGUUGAACUACAGACAUUUCCUUGUAGCUUAGCGUGUUUUCACGCUGCUGCUCCAGGCUCUGUUCAACCUCCUGAUCCCAGAUCACACCGCGGACGCCUUCUCCCCGCCUCGCUUAUCCGAGCCUGGCCUGUGGGACCUGCUUUUGGAGCGGCUGCUGGGAGGCCUCUCGCACUGGGACGCGGAGCACUUCCUCUUCAUCGCCGAGCGCGGUUACCUCUACGAGCACAACUGCGCCUUCUUCCCCCUGUACCCCCUCCCGGCCGCGCCUGCCCUGUAUCAGCUGGGCUGCCGCGUGCUGCGGCGGCGCGGGGUGGCUUUCCUGGCCGCCCUCCUCUUUUCUGUCAGCCCUGCCACCGUGUUCCUGGCGGCUGCUUACUCGGAGAGCAUGUUUGCCUUCCUGGUGUUCAGCGCCAUGUGGCAACUGGAGAAAGGGCAGAGCUGGCUCAGCGGGCUGCUCUUCUCCCUCGCUUCUGGGGUGCGUGCCAACGGGCUCAUCAACGCCGGCUUCUUUCUCUACUCCUGUGGUAAAUGCUUGGCCCUCCAGCUCCAGGUGGGUUCAGGAUCGGGAAGGAAGGUCCCGACGUUGUGGAAGCAGCUCCUUAGCGUGGCAUCUUCAGCGGUUCUGAUGUGUGCUGGGAUUUUUCUGCCUUUUGCUUUGUUUCAGUAUUAUGCCUACGUGAGGUUCUGUGGUCCCGCCACCGGCCUGGAGCGGGCUGUUCCCAAGCCGCUGCUGCAGCUGGCUCUGGCCAAGGGCUAUCGUCUGGUGACCAUGGACGGGGUUAAACCCCCGUGGUGCUCCCAGCGCUUCCCUGUGGUCUAUUCCUAUAUUCAAGACACUUACUGGAACGUGGGCUUUCUAAGGUAUUUUGAGCUCAGGCAGAUACCUAAUUUCUUGCUUGCUUUGCCUGUCACGCUUCUGGGCUCGUGGGCCGCCUGGACCUACAUCGUCGCAAACCCCCGGCACUGCCUAACUCUUGGUCUAGAGAGAAGAAAGGGUGAAGAAGAGGAUAAACCGAGAGCUGGAUUUUGCUGCCCUGCUGUCUUCGUGUAUGUGGUCCACGCCACGGUCCUGCUGGCGUUUGGAUUCUUCUGCGUGCACGUGCAGGUGCUGACCCGCUUCCUUGGCUCCUCCUCUCCCAUCCUGUACUGGUUCUCCGCUCACCUGCUUCAGGACCACGAACCUUUGCUCUGGAGGGAAGCGACUGAUAACCAAACUGCGGCACCUCGCUCCGAGAAGUCUCUUCUAGGUAAAUCUCCUGGUUCCUGUGGGAAAGGGACUUCAGAAAACCCCGUUGUGAGGCUGCUGCUGAACUUUAGAUUAAUUACCCCUCUCGGCAAGUGCAUUCUCGGAUUCUUCUUGUCCUACUGGCUGCUGGGACUGAUCCUGCACUGCAACCGCUUGCCGUGGACAUAG